AUGGAAAUGGACCUUGAUCCAGACAUGCAGUUCUCUGACGAACAGGAGAAGUGGGUGGAGAUGCACAAUCUGGACCUGAGGACCGAUGAGGGCAUGCUCCUUGCGGCCGUUCUCCAGCGGCAUGAGCUUGAAUACUGCGUACUAUAUGCGUAUACUGCAGGAGAGGUAAAGGUUCAUACUGCAGAUAUUAUCCAAAAAUCCGGCAGACCGGACAGUGCUGCAACCCUGGUGAGCCUACUCCCCAGGAGGCCCAAGAGCCUUAUUCUAAUGUAUACCGGAUACGGCUGCAGUAGUGCCGCUGCAGUAGUGCAGCAGGACGCAAGGUCGGCUGUUACCUGCCGGGGGCUCAAAGAGAAGCCGAGCACACCGUCCACCCUGGGGGCCAGCUUGGUGCUCAGUGACAUGGCAAGAAAAAGUAUAUAA